UUUCAGAGCAGAGAGGGGAGCCAGGGCCAGGACCUCACAGACGCCUCCCUCGGCCUUGGCAAGAACUCCCCAGUGCGGGCAGCAGUGUCUGCAGCCUGGGACAUCGCUGAGCGAGAGGGACGAUGGGGCAAGCUGCAAGCUCCCGUGAGGGUAGCAAGUCAUCAAAGUCACUUAAUGGAGGUUACUACAGGAAGCCAGGGCAUCAUUGCUACUACAGGACCUGUACAAUCAUCCUAGGAGUCGUGUCCUUAGGUCUCCUCAUCACUGUUGCUGUCCAGGCAGUGUUCCUCAAGAGGACAUCUUUGGAUGUUCGAUCCUUUUUUGCUACCUGCAGUCCAGAUGCACCUUUCCCCCCCUCUUCGGAGCCCCUUUUUGCCUCUUUUCCGGACUCCCAUGCUGUCCCCUACUGCCCAGAGAGGUGGGUCGGAUACGGAGGGAAAUGCUACUAUUUCUCAACAGAAGAAAAGAGCUGGGAUGCUAGCCAGCGCUUCUGCUCCUCGUUCAAUGCUUCCCUGGCUGGGAUCGACACCCAGCAGGAAAAGUUACACUGAUGUACACUCCAGGGGCGGUGUCGUUACCCCAGUGUAAAGGUGCCUUGGAGCAGUCUAGCUUAUUCUCUUCCCUGUGCCGGUACAAUCACUUCUGUACCAAUGCCUCAGCUUUACAACCGAG